UCUCUGUGCUAAUGUGGUAUGGCAGCUGGAAAUGAUGCAUGUACGUACAAAGUUCUACGUCGCUGCUGAAUGAAUGACUUAGUAAACAUCUAUUAGUAAUAGUCGUUUUAUUGAUUCGCUGUAUUUCGCAACCAGGGCUAAUCAUUCUGCCUGUAGUUUUUUCACGUGUUUAUAUCAUUUUUGGAAAUAACGUCAUUUUCGUGGUUUAUUUGGUAUCGAUGCCGAAAAGAAUGAAGUAGAAGCUACUAAAUAUGCACUUUUGUUACUUCUCUCAUAAAAAAACCAGUGGCAUUCUCCAACAUAAUCGAAGAAAAAUUUCAACGUGUAACUUCACAGAUUUUGGAGGCUUUUAUCUUGAAUUAUCAUUUUCAAACCUACAUCUAAAUAAUGUUAAAACUCUUUGGUUUCACAUAUCUGGGAAGUUUCUAAUACAUUUAAUAGUGAACAGAUAUGAUUUAUUUAAGGUAAAUACUUCUACUGUAACUGAACUGUUGAUCGAUAAAAAUGUUCACGAAGGGUUCCGUAAAUCAAUGCUUGAAGAUUUAUUCCCCGAAUAACAAGGCUAAACGUGUAUGAUUUUUAUCAAAUAUUACAACUAAUUUGAGGACAAAAUGUUUUGGUU